AUGCUUCCUCAUGAAAUUCAACAAUUUAUGGGAAGUGGAGCAUUUGCUUCUUCAGACCCAUUAUUUCACAGCGACACUAUUCAUCAUGUCGAGUUUGAUUUUUAUGGAAAAAGAGUUGUGACAGUUUCGAGUGACAAAUUGGUAUGUAUUUGGGACAAGGAAGUACAUGGAAAUUGGAAAAGAAGUGCUUCCUGGAAGGGAAAUUGUUCCAACAAUGGAUCAAACAUCGAUCAUGAUCAAUAUGUCCAAUCAAAGAAGAGUGAUCGAUCUCCAAGUAGAAUCUUGUUCGGUCGCUAUGCUCAGUUCGAUCGAAAACACAAUUCCCCGAUGUUAGAACAUCAUGCCCGAUCAUUGGAAUACUUAAUUAUGAAAUUUAAAAAAUUCGAUACUUUGGGUCAUUCGAUACUUUGGGUGUCGAUACUUUGGGUCAUUCGAUACUUUGGGUGUCGAUACUUUGGGUCAUUCGAUACUUUGGGUGUCGAUACUCUGGGUAAGCACGGUGGUGCAGUUUGGAAAGCUCGUUUUGCUCAUCCAGAAUUUGGACAAGUGCUUGCAACAUGUUCAUUUGACAAUACUAUACAAAUAUUUGACAAGGAUGCCGUGGACGUAAUGGAUGCUCGCUCUUCAAUGAGUGCUUCUGACUUUAGUAAUGGAUGGGUGUGUCGGACUGUGCUUCGGCAAAGCACAUCCAGCAUUACCGACAUUCAAUUUGCCCCUCAUUAUUUAGGUCUUCAAUUAGCCGCUUGCACUUCCUCAGGGAGAUUAGUAAUAUAUGAAGCAGAGGAUAUAAUGGCUCUAGACAAUUGGAAUGUUCUCGUCGACAACGAAAUCUGUCAACAUCGACUUUGUUCUCUCUCAUGGAGUAGAAGUCGUUUUGAUCCUCCCUAUAUUGCUUUAGCUUCAGAUGAUGCCGACGCUCCCGCCGAAGAAAAAGUUUUUCUCUUUAGAGUUGUCAAUACCGGAAUUUUCCCUGCACGUGUAAUUUCUUCCACCCGUUCAACUCCUACUGAAAAACAACAACACCAAAAAUCCAAAGACUACAAAUUUUUAUUUGAAGAUCCAGUCAGUAUGCUUGCAUUUGGGCCUUCUUGCGGACUUGGAAUACACAAAUUAGCAAUUGCUGUUGGAACAAGAUUAUUAAUUUACCAAUUACAAUUAACAAUGACUGAAGACCACAAUCAGGAAGGAUCUACUGGAAGUGCUAGCGAAACAGCAGAAAAUCAAUUAGGAGAGAAUACAGCAGAACAAACAACAAUCCAACAACAUUUUGUAAUUAAAUCUUUGGAUGUUUUGGAAGAAGGAAAUUCUCAAUUAGUUCGAUUUGCUUGGAAUAUUCUUGGUGACAUUUUAAGUGCUGUUUAUGCUGAUGGACUUGUACGGAUUUGGAGAUGUAUUUUUACAUUUUAUUUAUAGCGCCCUUGUAAGAGCAUUUUUGAGUUU